AGUGAGGCUAGGAGGAUAACCUAUGUUGGGAUGAUUAUACUAUAACUUAUCACCCAAAUGUACAACUUACAUCGCAUAUUGUCAGAUACGCUCAUAUAGAGAUAAUAAUACAGGGUGGAUUUUGACUAUGUACAUUACAGCCAGCAAACCAUUUGGAAAUUAGUGGUAGAAAGUUGUUAAGGAGUAAAACAGUAGGAGUUUAAUUCAGAAUAGGUGUCCUACAGCGAGGUUCUAUUGUAUGUGACCAGUGGUGAACUGGUGGAGCAACAUGCUAUGGCAUUUGGAGUAUACUUUAGUUUAACUAGCCAUCCUAAAGAAAUCAACCUACAUGGAAAGGGAAUAACAUGUAAACAGACAAACACACUAAUCAAAAUGUGGAUUUUUACUUUACUGUUUUGGUUUUCUUUAGGAGAAGUUGCUGAACCUAUGAUCGGAUCUGAAGACCCUACAGUUCCACAAGGAGUACCAAUCUAUUAUAUAGAACCUGAAGAAAACAGUUAUAUUAUCAAAAGCAAACCAGUUGAGAUAAAAUGUAAAGCGUACCCAGCCAUGAGGAUUAACUUCAAAUGUGCUGGUCAGUGGAUAAAGCCUCAGUCCCAUACUAAUCUAGAGAUACUAGAUUCCGCAACCGGGAUUAAAUACCUGGAGACAAGUAUUCAAGUGACGAAAGGUGAUGUGGAAAGUUAUUAUAGACUUGAUGGUUACUGGUGCGAAUGUACUGCUUGGAACAUUUUCUCUGAUGCAUCAGUGUCUCUAUCAGCUAAAAGUCGCAAAGGACGCAUUCAUAUUGCUUACCUGAACAAGAAUUUUGAGCGAGAACCAAUCAGUGUCGCAGCGGAGAUUGAAUCUCCAGUUCAGUUACUAUGUCUUCCACCAGAUGGCCUUCCUCCACCUGAGGUCUUUUGGCUGAAAGAUGGAGAACCAGUGGAUGUAUCUACAGAUGUCAACUACAUCAUCUCCAAUGAGGGCAACCUCAUCAUCAACCAGGCUCGCCUCAGUAACAUGGGCAAUUAUACUUGUGGGGCUCAGAAUGUUGCAAGGCGUCGUACCAGCGGCAGUGCCACUGUCACUGUAUAUGUGAAUGGAGGUUGGUCGACAUGGAGCAUGUGGUCCGAUUGUAACAGUCGAUGUGGAAAAGGUCUCCAGAGGCGUAGCAGAACAUGCACUAACCCCACCCCCCUGAAUGGUGGCACUGAAUGUCCGGGGAUAUCAUCCCAGAGAGUCCCAUGUACAACUGUCUGCCCAGUGAAUGGUAUCUGGUCUACAUGGUCCUCCUGGUCAACUUGUAGUCCUGAUUGUAAGCACCACCGGCGGCGAUUGUGUGACAACCCUUCACCGCAGAAUAAUGGCAGAUUUUGUCAUGGAAAUGACCUUGACACAACCAACUGUACCGGAGGGCAAUGUCGAGAUCCUAUUUAUGCGGAAGACUCGGAUGGAAGUGGAGGUAAAGUGUUCAAGCAAGCUAAAGAAGCACAGAAUAUCGCCAUGUACGUUGGUCUGUUUGUCGCCAUUGCCAUAUUUGUCACAGUCCUUGCCCUCAUCAUCAUUCUCAUCAGAAGGAGGAACCAAAAUAGAGAGUUGAAUCUUCCAUAUUCCAAUCCAGAGGAGAAGAAAUUGAACAAAAAUGACCAAGAAAAACUGUCCAUGCAGCCAGACCUCACCCAAACUGUCGUCACGAUCCGCAACAAUCACACCGAUUCCCCCAACAACAAUACAAACAACAGCACACCCGUCAAAGUGCCGUUAUUCAACGGACACGAAAACAGUGGCACAUUGCCAUCAGUAAAAUACGCAAAUCAUGUUAAUAAUGAAAAUAAACCUUUAUUAAUCGAUCCACCACAUACAUUAACUGACUCCACGGAGAAACUACCAUUGCCGAGAAAAUCAGACUCAGACAAUUCAAUCAAGUCAGGAAAUAGUUCACGGCCACAGUCUGUUUACGAUUCUGAUGGCCAUAGACUGUCAGUCAUUUCCUGCCAGUUGCCUAGCAACAUUGAUCUAGAGAAUAUAGCCUGGGGCAAUAUAACCCACACAGGAGGACGCCUCCAGAUCCCUGAGUCAGGUGUGUUUUUGACAAUACCUGAAGGUGCUAUAAAGAAAGGCAACACAGAGGAAAUAUUUGUUGCCGUUUGUAGAGACGAUAAAGAUAGACCAAAACUUACAGAUACCCAAACAAUGCUCAGUCCUGUAGUACUGAUAGGCCCACAGGGUCUUGCCUUGAAGAAACCCCUGGUUCUCACCGUACAGCAUUCAGCAAGCCUCAAGCAUGGUCAGUGGAUGGUGUCCAUAUAUAACAGUGACACGCCUUAUGAUGACCCACCACAAUGGCAGAAACAUGUUACUCUUGGCCAAGAAACUUUAAAUACCACAAUAUAUUGUCAAUUCGAUAACUCAAACUGUCACGUCAUGACAGAUCAUUUGUCCCGCUAUGCAAUUAUUGGAGAAUCCUCCGGAAGCGGGAACCUUAAAUCCACCAAGCUGCUGCGAUUAGCUGCAUUUGCCCCUGCACAGUAUUCGUCCGUAGACUACAACAUCAGAGUGUACGUUGUGGAUGACAAUAUAGAUGCCUUAGAGGGUGUCAUGCAAGAAGAGCGUAAACUAGGAGGACGAUUACUAGACAAACCCAAACAAAUAAUGUUCCAAUAUGGCGGCAAUAAUUUAUGUUUAUCAAUUGAGGACUUAGGCCCCGGCUGGCGAAGUCGGUUAGCGGCCAGUUAUCAAGAAAUUCCAUUCAGACACAUAUGGAGUGGCAAUCAUACAAAUUUACAUUGUUCCUUUACAAUAGAGAGACUGGAUGUGACUCAAGAUAUGAUCACAUGUAAAAUACAAGUGUACCAAAAGUCAGUGAUGGCAAACAGACAAGUCAUUCAGAUAAUUUGCAAUCUCAAAGAGAAUAAUAUAACUGGUCAACAAUAUGGCAGCUUAAAGACAGCGCCCCGAAAUUCUGCAGUGAACUCUAAUUCCAACUCAAGGUCGGGAUCCUUGGUGCUUCUAGACCCUAAAACAUUUAGAAUAACGGGAAGUGCUAAGCACCAGCUCUGUGCAAUUCUGGACCAGCCUAAUGCCCGAGGCAACGACUGGCGGCUUCUUGCCCAACAUCUUAAUGUUGAUAGGUAUAUAAACUACUUUGCUACAAAGGCAAGUCCCACUGAGCAUAUAUUAGACUUAUUUGAAGCACGCCACACCGAGGAAACUGCUGUCACUGACUUAAUGAACAUGCUAAGAAUUAUGGGUAGAAAUGAUGCAGUGGCGGUGUUGGAGAAAGAAAUGGGUCCGUGGCUAUAGGGCUAAUUGCCAAGUUAAUUAUUUAUAAGUCAUAUGUGUAGUGCCAGAAUCAGACUUCAGAUGGUAGCACUGACAUAUAUCCAGGAAUUCUGGGAAAUCCAAAAUGGCCACCACAAACAUUUGUUAAUGUUGUAAGUGUCAUGGAUGUCUGCAAGCCAAAUGUUGAUGUGUCUCCAUAGUGAUGUACAAAUUGGAUAUUGUAUCCAUAUUCACUUGUAAACAAUGUACAUAUAUUUGUAUACAAUAUGUACAAUUAUAUGAUUGCCAAUUGAUUCAACAGUGACAAAAACAAGAUGUAAAUAUAAUUAGCAUGAACAGAACAAGUGGGAGCUAUUUACAAAAGAGCUAAAUUCAUAGGAUCCAGAAGAAGAGGUUGAUUUGAAAACAGUAAAUGCUGUAGAGCUAGUGCAAUUGUAGCAAAUGGUAAUUUGAACCAUUUUGAUUGAAUUCAGAUUAUUUAUGGUAUACUGUUCAAACAUUCAGUUUGACAGUUCCAUGCAUGUCCAUGAAGUGAAUCAAGCGAUUGAUUCUAUUGGAUGAUGGAUACACCAAAUUAAGCAUUGUUUAAUAUUUUGUACAUUUUUAUAUUAUACAGUAUAAAAAGGAAUUAACCAUUUAAAAUAUUGUACUUAGCAUUUAUAAACACACCCUUGUGAUGAUUUCAUAUGUUUUCAAAUGUGUUUCCUCAAAAUUCUUAUUCCAAAAUACUUUGGAAUGGUAUCAAAAUGAUUCUGUUCAUUAUUUUCAUAUUUGAAAGCAAAUUGAUGCAAUCUUAUAUAAGGGUGCUAGUGCAGUUUUGUAGUAUUUCUCAUUGCCUUGCUUAAAAAAGUAACUUUGAUAUUCACAAAAGAUCUCAAAUCAAUAUUGCUACUUAAAUAAACCUUACAAUUUUACACAUAGAUUUCAACAAAAAGAUAUUAAAAUUUAUCAUUAAGAAGAUCAAAAUUUAGUUAUCAUUUAUUUAAUACAGUAUAUGAAAUUCUAAAUUGUCUUGUAUUUCAUUGUUGUUUACACAAUUUGUAAAACUGUUUCGCAUGGACAACUAUGACUGAGUUGCUGAUUGCAAAUCACUUGAGGUAUAUGUAAAGACAUUUUGCCAUUAUAUGGGAAGCAAUGACACAGUAUUUUUAGAUUUUUC